AUGGAGGGAGGGACUGGAGCUGCUGCUGCCGCCGCCGCCUUUACCAAUAUCUAUACGGCAGCUUUCACUGCGGGAACGAUAGGAACUGGAAGCGAUCUUGAUGAAUCUGAAAGAAUGAUGAAGUCCUCUGUACAUACAGAAGAAGAUGACUUUGUGCCAGAGCUUCAGAAGAGCAUCCAUCCCAGAGAGAGGCCAGAUUGGGAGGAGACUCUCAGCGCUAUGGCAAGAGGUGCAGAUAUCCCUGACAUUCCAGGGGAGUUGCCGCUCCGGACCUGUGGCAGCACAGCAAGUAUGAAAGUGAAGAAUGUAAAAAAGUUAUCCUUUACAAAGGGUCAUUUCCCGAAGAUGGCUGAAUGUGCACAUUUCCAUUACGAAAACGUGGACUUUGGCAACAUCCAACUUGCCACUAACUCCUCAGAAAAAUUCUUCCCUGGAACAAGAUCACACCUGUGA